AUGAACGUGGAAAGCAAGAAUGACUCCCCGGUCCCUGUGGACCCGAGCGGAGAUCGCGAUUCUGCUGAUAUGACGGAACACGAACAAAUGGAUGUAAAGCCCAAAAUGAAUGGCGAUAGCAAGGCGGAGCGCAAGGCUGCCAAUGCCAAGGACCCCUCGCGACCGCGGCGCAAGAAGGCCCGGCGAGCUUGCUUCGCCUGCCAGCGAGCUCAUUUGACCUGCGGCGAUGAGAGACCGUGUCAACGUUGUAUCAAGCGUGGUCUUCAAGAUGCGUGCCACGAUGGCGUUCGCAAGAAAGCAAAGUAUCUUCACGAUGCUCCAGAUGGAGCAUUGAUGCCCGCUGUAAGCGGUAACAACAACAGUAACGGCAACCUCUACAACAAUACGCUUCGCAAUAAUUUACCCUUGUCUCGGAACGGAUCCAACUCCGUCAGCUCAAAUCAGCAGCACGCCCACCAACACAGCCAACAACCGACUCCCAAUAAUAACAACUUCUACCCUACGCCUCAACCUCAGCCAGGCUCCUACAAUGUAUAUCAAGACCCACCGAUGAGCCAAAGUCCCUUCACGACGCAAUCACCCGUUUCACCCACUUUCAACAUGAAGAACAGUACCAAUGGUCGGAAUUCCAGUCUCUCCUCGACUGUGAACCAGCAGCAACCUACCCCGAACCCCACCCUCUCCGGAGACACGAGCCAGCCGCAAAAUCCAUUCGCGGGGCCGUUCUUCGAUCCCAGUGAUCCCGCAUUAUUUAAUUUUGACUUAUCAAGCAUGAACUUUGAGAACCGUUAUGGUGCUCUGGAAUUCGGGAUGCUUGGCCACAUGGCAACUGGGGCUGGUGACUCCCCGACCGACUCUGCAGGACAGCGCGGGUCGAUCGGCCGCAGCGGAUCUGCACAGUUCUCCACACCAGCUCCUGGAUUUGGAGAAAGCCCAGGGAAUCAACCUUUCAUGUUCGGCGAUCCCCUCCUCAAUGAAUGGUCAACUGGGCCGGCCUCGGGUCAGCAUGUGAACGUCGGAGGCGUGUAUGGCCAAAAUGGCAUACUUCCCGAGCACAUGAAAGCGAACGCGCCGCACGCGUUUGCGAUCGAAAGCGGUCCAGCCAGUUUCACUAGUCCUGGCUCCGCGCCUAGUCCAAACAUUGCAACGACAGCAUUUGAGGAUAGCCCGUUCACUGUUCCUGCUCCCACAAAGUCCAAUAGCCUAGUGCCGAAUGGUCAACGCCAUGUGACAUCAGCGUCGAUCCUCAAACACCCGAAUCUGCAGGUCGGCUCCAAACGGCGCCAUCGCAACCCUUCAUCGAUAUACGAGAGUGUGAAGGAGCCUUAUGCUUACACCAGUGGAUUCCACAACCUGACCGCUUUCAUACAACGUCGCUUCACGCCCCAAAAAACAGUGCGAAUUGCCAAGGCACUCGCUUCUAUCCGACCUUCAUUCAUCGCAACUACCAAGACGCUCAAUCGCGAUGAUCUCAUUUUCAUGGAAAAAUGCUUCCAGCGAACACUCUGGGAGUAUGAAGACUUCAUCAACGCCUGCGGGACACCGACAAUCGUUUGCCGACGCACUGGUGAAAUUGCCGCCGUCGGUAAAGAAUUCAGUAUUCUGACCGGAUGGAAGAAAGAUGUUCUGCUCGGCAAGGAGGCUAACUUGAAUGUCAACACUGGCGGAUCAGGUGUACCGCAAUCCGGCACAACCUCGCGCGGAAGCUACACACCGCGAAGCUCCACAUUAGAAAAUUCCACCGGUGGCCGUCCGCAACCCGUCUUCUUGGCGGAGCUUCUCGACGAUGACAGUGUAGUAGAGUUCUACGAAGACUUUGCUCGUCUGGCAUUCGGUGAUUCUCGUGGCAGUGUUAUGACGAAGUGCAAACUUCUGAAAUACAAGACCAAAGAGGACAUGGAGUCUGCAGCCGACGACAAUGGCAAAUGGAACAACCACCUACGCAAAGGUGGGAUUGCUGGCGAGGCUGGUAUGAACCAGCUUGGCUUCAAGGAUGGAAAGGUCGAAUGCGCGUACUGCUGGACAGUCAAACGUGAUGUGUUCGACAUUCCGAUGCUCAUUGUGAUGAAUUUCUUGCCAUGCAUUUGA